UGGCGCUGUUUUGCUUUUGAGGUUAUGUUGUCAUAAAAAUGGAUCGUGACGACAGCGAGAGUACAACAUCCCUUGAGGAGGAAAAUACUGAGAAUUUCUGUGAUAAUCCAACAAGAGAUACCCUCGCUGAGGGUUUGAUGGGCCUAUUCAAGCCUGCCAUUGAUCAAUUGGAUGACAAAGUUCGCACUACAAGAGUAUCACAAUUGGAGCUGAAAGAACAACUAGAUAGAUUGCAUGAGGAGUUGAAGAAGAUUCAGGAAUCCCAGAAAACACCUCCGGAACUGGAUGCUUACGUGAAGAAAUUAAUUAACGUCAAGCACAAAGUCACAGUGGUCACGAACGUUCUCCAGGGAGCUCAGGAUCGCCUCAAUAGGCUCCAUCAGCAGGUGGAUAGGGAGAAAUUGCGAAGGAAAACCCUCCUUGAUUCGGAACUUGCCACUUCUGCUCCGCAUUUGGGCUCAUCCGAAGAAGCUUCGGCAAACGCUCCUACAAAUUAAAUUAUAUUUAAUCUACAUUUACCAUUUCCCGGAAAACUUGCUGUGUACCUGGAGAUGGAAACGCCUUUUCUUACUCAUUUAACACAAGAAGAUUAUAAGGUGCGAGUAAUGGAUUUAGCUGGAAUUUUAUCUUCUAUGCAGUUACCAUACUUUUCCAUGGGAUAGGCGAUUUAUAAAUUAACCCUUUUACGUCCACAUGAAACAUUCUCAGAGAACAUUUCUCAGGCAAAACUUCUUCUUUGGCCUCUUCUACGUGAAUUUAAUGCAAUUUUCACCUUUGGGUCUACGUAUGACCCAAAAAAUGCGAAAGGGUUAACAUUGAUUUAGCCCCAGUUUCCCGUAAAAUGUGAUCUAAUCUUUAAUUUUUUUCAUUGUAGUUUGUCUACGAAGCAGCAGAAGACAGUUUUCUCCUAUUGGAUGCCCUCGAGGAAGAUCUCAUACAGAUUAGGGCUCAGAAGCCCAUUCUCUGUGUUGAAAUUGGAUCAGGAAGUGGUGUUAUCAUCACUGCCCUGGCCAAGAGUCUCUCAUCAUCUGCCCAUUGUAUUGCAAUCGAUAUCAAUCAGCAUGCUUGCAAGGUAAUAAAACCAAGGCAAAGAAUAUCCGCCAAAAGGAAAACCCUGCGGAAAACCCUAAUGAGUGUGUGGAACAGUGAGAGAGGAGGACAAUCCCCAAGAAACGACAAGCGAAACCACUGAAGAAGAGCCGUUCUUAAGCUGUACCCAUACCUUUUGUUAGAAAGAUGGUUUUCGUUGUUUUUUCUCACUUACUCCUUGUCAAAUUGUAUCGCGCUGUCACUGUCAAACAAGAAACGCGAUUAAUUGCUGCUUUUCCUUGGGAGAGCGGGAAUUUCCUCUGACGAACACCUGAAGCAACCUGAACACCUGAAAAAAAAGAAAAGAAAACCAAGGCUCUUGGGAAAGUUUUCUAAUGACUCUCCUUAAUCUUCUAGGCCACAAAGAGGACAUCCCAGGCCAAUGGAGCCACCGUGGAUGUGAUUGCCAUGGAUUUAUUGAGCAGCUUUCGGGCCAAUUCAAUUGAUUUGCUCAUCUUCAAUCCACCCUACGUGCCCACGGAAGAGAAUGAAGCAAAUUCGGAGGAUCAGGAGACAUUUGCUGGAUGUUUAGCUAAAUCCUGGGCGGGUGGGGUAGAUGGAUGUGCCACAGUGAGGAGAUUACUACCAUCCUUGGGGGAGAAAUUGUCACAAAGUGCCGCGUUCUACCUUCUGCUUCUUCGUGAGAAUAAACCUCGAGAAAUGCUGAAGACAUUCCACGAAAUGGGCUUCACGGGUAGUAUUGUAAAAGAGAGAAGAAUCCGUGGGGAAUAUCUGUAUAUUCUCAAGAUCGUGAGAUGCAAUUCAAUAAAAUAAUUAACAUAUUUUA